AAAUUAGAAAAAUGUUCGAACUAUGCCUUCACCUUCACCUUCGUGAACCAACUUCCUAAAACACCUUCACGUUCAACUUCGUAUGCCCUAAAUUUUGCUUUCACUCCCUCCUUCAUUGGCGAACUCUUGCUUUCACUCCCUCCUUCAUAGGCGAACUCUUCAGCGUCGAAGACGACGAGUCUACAUUUUUCUGCUUCCGCACUAGCGACGAUUUUCUUUGUGUUCCCCUUCCAUCUGUCGAGAAGCGUUGUCGUUGAUUUCUUAUUUCUCUCAAACAAGUUUGUUCAUUUCUCUGAGCCUUAAUAUUUUGUUGGUGAUUGUAGAGUGAGCAAGGUUUCACUUAUUUAGAUUUCUAUGUGCCUUGGUGCAACUGCUGCAAGAGCUUUCAAUAUGAUAAUUUCUUGAUGGAGAUUAAUGUGGAACGUAGUGUGAAUGCUCUGGCAGCUGGAAGGAUUGCAGGCAUUGAUCCUUUAGAACAGAUAAACUGAAGAUGCAUUUGCAUUGUCAAAUGUGUAGCGAUCGACAAUGGUGGUUGUGCCCUGUGCAGGGGACUAUUUUGGGCAGUGAUGCUCUUAUUUUACAACUUUGUCAUGUCAAGACUGAUGGUAAAGUACAAAAGAUAGUUGAGAAAGACAAGAGUUCAACAAAGUUGCUUGUGAAAUUUUUUACUUUUGAGGCAACAUAUAAGGAUCUGAGACAAUCGUUUAGCCCGUUUAGCCAUGUAAAUACUAUUAAAAGUGAUAAUUUGGUCCAACUGUUGAUUGAAAGCUUAAGGUUGCCAAUGAAGUUUGGAAAUCAUAGAGGUUUUGCUUUUGUGGAGUAUGUUACUCAACAGGAGGCACAAAAUGAUCUUACAGCACUUUCAAGCACCCAGUUAUAUGGUAGACAUUUGGUGAUAGAGAGAGCGAAAGAAGGUGAGAGUUUGGAGAAACUACUGGCUCGAAUUGUUGCUCAAUUCAAUUCGAUUCGAUUAUGUCUAUAAUUACAUUAGUGUUCUGGUUCUACUUAUUUUUUAUGACAAUGCUACGAUUCAAUUGAUAUUUAAUUGAUUUAUUAAUUGCUAUAACGAAGAAAGUAUGAAAUUUAGUUAAAUUUUGAAUAUGACUUGUUAUAUUUCUCA